AUGGCAUCAAACGCCGGAAAAGAUUCGGCGGCAGUGGAAAUAAACAUCGAAAGUAGCCCACUCGACACCCCGGAUGCUGUGGACCGAGCCACCCCCGCCGCACCCCCCGUGGACACCGGAAGGGGUCGCCGGCUGAACGCUGGAACGGCGGCGAACAACAAUGGCCGUAGCCGUUCGAACAGUCGAUCUCCAGGGCGGCGAGCAAAGCGAGACACCGAGAAGGCCCGUACCGAUGCGAUUCCGCUGCUGCCAACGGCAACCGAAGGAAAUUUGCCUCGCCCGGAACCACCCAUUGCCGGACCGGAGUUUGACGAUGAAGAUUCGCUGGAUAACACGGGCGAUUUCGAUGACAAAGACAAUCGUGGCAUCGACAGUGGUUUCCUGGAUCCGGUGGCCAAUGGUACAUCCGGUACAGGAAGCCGGCGACGCGCGGGGCGCCGUGACGAGCAGCCGAGAUUUCCGUACGCCCCAGGAUUUGCUCCCGAUGGUACACGAACGGUUCAGACAACGGAAGGCGGUCAGGUGAUUCCAGAUGUAAAUGUGUAUCAGCAGAAGAAAAAUUUAGCCCAAGGGAUGAUGGACCUGGCUCUACUGUCUGCCAAUGCCAACCAGUUGCGGUACGUGCUGGAGUCGUACAAGCGUCACCCGUAUUUCUACGUUAACCUCACGUUCAUCACAACCAGCAUCAUAGCGCAGGUGGCCGUUGGCAUCAUGCUAAUCUGGAAGAGUCGGUAUAAUAUUAAAAACGAGAAUGAUUUUUGCAAGGCGGACAGGAUCAAUAACUUUGUCACGAUCGGCAUUUUCAUCAUCACGAUCGUUAACGUACUCAUUUCAGCAUUUGGUGUGGCUGAACCUCAGACCAGUGCAGCCGUUGUGUGACUAAGAUAAGAGAUAACCAUAGGAUAAGGGUUGAAUCUAUUAUUUAGUCAGUAAAAGAUGUAAAAUGCACUUUCAAGGACAAUUUCAAUUUCAUAUUGAACAGCACAGCUUUCUCGAAAAUGGUGUAGAUUGCUUUAAAGUGCACCAAUCACAGCAAAAGUUGUUCAAAAUAAGAAUCUCAUAGCAUAGAUUUGCACGCAGCAUAGCCGUAAAAUGACGAUUGAUCAUUACUUCAUCUCAGAUGGUGAAUUAAUGGUUUAAUAGAAACAUAAAAACAUAUAAGAAUAAAAUGAAUUAUUGUAAUGAAAACUAUGAAAAACAUUAUUUACUUUCACUCGGAAUCUACUAUAUCACUAGGUAAUUUAAAACUCGAUAUCCAUAAUUUUCCUCAUCAAACUGUACUGAGAAUAAGAAAAAAUAGAGUUGGUGCCUCAGUAGCUUGGUCGUAUCACGACCCAGAAUGAAUGUGUAAAGUGUAGUUCUGACGUAGUCGAAAAAGUCCUUUCACGCUUGGCUUAGCUCCUAAACAGGUUUAGAUGCGAUUACCAUGGAAUAGUUGUAAAACAUAUUUUUCGGUAACCCCGACGAAGC